GUAAUUGGGUCACCGCUUACUUCCAUUACUGACACUUUCCCCCUCUUUUCUCUCUCUACUUUCUCUCUCCAUAUUUAGUACUCUCUCGCUCUAAGCUCAACAACAUUCAACAACCUCUCUCUCGUUGCAGAGCGAGAAAGAGAUGGACUUCGAUGACGGGGUGUUGAUAAUUACAGACUCAAUAUCUGUGAACGCAACUGUUGUGGCCUGGGCGAUUCAGCAUUUCUCUGUUGAACUCAAGGACUUGAGGAUCAUCACACAGGCCUCUCUUCUUGAAGGAAACCUUAAUUUUAAGUCAUCUUCAUUAUCUACAAUUAUCUCGAUAUCGGAGAAACCUGGUUUCCACAGCCAACUAUGGCUAUUAGAAUUGGCAAAAGUUCUUAAGCCAGGUGGUUAUGUAUUUCUACAAGAACCGUCCUUCUUUCACCCAAACCAAGAAUAUGUUUUGGGUGAAAUUGAUGAAUCAAGGGCUUGUUUAGAACGCAACCUUUUAUUCGCUGGAUUUUAUUUGAUUGAGGGCUUUGAAUGCCUUGAUCACUCAGCCGAAAUCAAUCAAACAUCUCAAGAUUUUGAGCUUAUUGCGAUAAAAGCAAAGAGAACGUAUGAUGCCGAAGAAUUUUCUACCUUUCAAAAGACAGAAGCACGCAAAGUGGAUAAUUCAAUUAUUCCUAUUGGUGGUUCUUUGCAACCACAGAUUGAGGAGAUGGAUGACUUCAUUGACGAAAACAGUUUACUUACAGAAGAAGAUCCAAAGAGGCCCGAGUUGCCCCAAGAUGAAAGUUAUUUUAUACGGGAACGUAUACGUGAACGAAAUCGACUCUACCAACGUAGACGCCGAGCAAGAAUGACAGAAGAGCAAAAAAAACGUGAAAAGGAGAAAAGAAGGCAGUAUAUGCAAAGCCGAAGAGUUCAGCCUGUUAGUUAUGAAAUGCCACUCCCUAUACCAGUUAGUUGUGCAGCAGAAGAAUGUGAACAAAGCUUGCUCUGCGGUCAGCAGCUCCGAGGAUCUCACAUUAUUGAUAUGGAGCAUAACCAGGUUGUGGGAGCAAGUGAAGCUUUGUAGCUGGAAAAGAACUGCUGUGAAGAUUCCCAUUAGAACUUUGACAGAGGAGAAAGGAAGUCACAUACUGGUAGCGCAGUUGCAGCAGCUGUAUCGCUUGAAUGUGUAUAAACUGUGAGAACUUGUGGUGCUAAGAGAUCAGCCAUUUCUCUAAAAUCCUCGAAGAUAGCGAUAAAGUCAAUACCGGCUUUUAACACAUACGAACAUACAUGUACAUUUUAUGUAUACAUAUAGCUCUAAAAUGGGGGACGAACACUCUCCUAAUAUGAAGGUGAGCCCCCAAGCUCUUGUCCUCGAUAUAAUUUAUUGUAUAUAUGAAAUUUGUUUGGUAUCAGAGAGGGGCUCUCUUUUGACCCAUGUUUUCUCAAGGACUCGCGCUCUUGUUUAAGAACAGCUACUUGUAUUGAUACUUUUACUAGUGUGGAUCUUGAUUUUGUUGGUUGUAGGGGCAUGUCAAUAUUCAGUUGCAAACUUGUUCUACUUGUGUUAUUUGUAACUAAUUCUUGUA